UACAUUGCUUCGUCAAGGUCCUGCUGCUUACUCUUGGUAUCGACGGAAUUUUUUUUACAGGAGAAAUCGGAAAUGAAGAUGGAUACAUCGUUUCCGCUGAGGUCGUUCCUCGUUCUGUCGCUGGUCGCCUUGUCCAGGGCUGCUAUCGACUUCGCCUCCAUGGCCGAGUCCAAUUUCCCGUCGGUCCAGGCGGAGAAGUUCAUUAGGGAUCUCAAUCUCAACCCUAAAAAGGAAGUUAAUGUCGUCGAGGGCGGCGCGGCCCUGAUUCGCGGCGAGGUUCCCGCUGGGAAGAAGAUUGUGGAGAAGAGGAUCAGCUUCCCGAAUCUGGUUGGGGAAGGCGAGGUCGGAUUUGCCGUCGAGGAUUUGGGGCACCACGCUGGUUACUACAAUAUUGAGCAUUCCUAUGCCGCUAAGAUGUUUUACUUCUUCUUCGAGUCUCGCAACAGUAAGAAGGACCCUGUUGUCAUCUGGUUGACUGGGGGACCGGGCUGCAGCAGCGAGCUGGCUAUAUUUUAUGAAAAUGGCCCUUUCAGCAUUGCAAAUAACAUGUCUCUUGUGUGGAACAACUUUGGCUGGGACCAGGCAUCAAAUCUUAUAUAUGUUGAUCAGCCGACUGGGACUGGAUUCAGCUAUAGCACUGACCGACGUGACAUUCGCCAUGAUGAAGCCGGAGUUAGUGAUGACUUGUACGACUUCUUGCAGGCCUUUUUCACAGAGCAUCCUGAACUUGCAGAGAAUGACUUCUACAUUACUGGUGAAUCAUAUGCUGGACACUACAUUCCUGCUUUUGCUUCUCGAGUUCACAAGGGGAACAAGAAUAAGGAAGGGAUCCACAUAAACUUCAAGGGUUUUGCCAUCGGCAAUGGCCUGACAGAUCCUGCAUUGCAGUAUAAGGCUUAUCCUGAUUUUGCGCUUGAGAACGGGAUUAUCACGAAAUCACAAUUCAAUAAAAUUACGAAGAUUGUCCCAGUGUGUGAACUGGCAAUUAAGCUGUGCGGAACUGAUGGUACGGUGUCUUGUUUGGCCUCCUAUUUUGUUUGCAAUACCAUAUUUAAUUCAAUCAUGUCGGUGGCUGGUAAUAUAAAUUAUUAUGACAUCAGGAAGGAAUGUGUAGGGAGCCUUUGCUAUGACUUCUCCAACCUGGAAAAGUUUCUUAACCUGAAUACUGUUAGGGAGUCACUUGGUGUUGGGGAUAUAGACUUCGUGUCGUGCAGUCCGACUGUGUACCAGGCCAUGUUGGUUGACUGGAUGAGGAACCUUGAAGUCGGGAUUCCCGCUCUUCUUGAGGAUGGAAUUCACAUGCUUAUCUAUGCGGGAGAAUAUGAUCUCAUCUGCAAUUGGCUAGGUAAGGGUUAUGCAGGUCGAAGGAAACUGAGAUGGGUUCAUGCUAUGGAGUGGUCUGGCCAGAAAGAGUUCGUAUCAUCUCCAGAAAUCUCCUUUGAAGUGGACGGUGCAGAGGCUGGAGUGCUGAAAACUCACGGACCCCUGUCCUUCCUCAAGGUCCACAAUGCUGGGCACUUGGUUCCAAUGGACCAGCCAAAGGCUGCAUUAGAGAUGCUGAAGAGGUGGACUCAAGGCAAACUAUCUGAUGCCACUGCUGAUGAAUCCAACCCGGGCAAGUUAGUUGCCGAGUUCUGAUCUUUGCUUGGUGGGCAAGCAUUCAGAAGAUAGGCUGGCUGUCUGUCUGGCUUCUGGUUUUCCUAAUGUACCUUGUAAAUAAGUUUUCCUUUUGAGGUAGUUGGCCUUGUAGAAGAAGGUUACAUGUGAGCUCGUGAGGUUCGAGUCAUAAAAGAUGUUUGUUCUUAUGUAGAAGGCAAGCGUAGUAAUGUACCCUUAUGUAGCAAGUAGCAACUGAUGUGGCACAUUUUAUAAGUCUUUUCUGCUUUCUGGACAUAUCAAGCUCUGUUUCGAGUCUUGUUAAGUUACUGCUAAAUGCUGUUUCAGUGAAGAAAACAAACCAAACAGAUGUCGCAUUAAAGGUGGAGAUAACUUCUCCAUGGACUGGGAAUCUGAUAUGUGCAAUGUUCAAGAAAUGAGGAGAUGAUGUUCAUCGACGCUUUCUCAGAAACUAGUACAUGCCCCGAGGCCUUACAAAUCAAUCUGCAAAUUAUUUGCCCUUAUCCCUAACUGGUUUUGCAUUACAAAUCGUUUUGGAGAGUUAGGCAAUAUCCAAAUCGUUUUGGAGACUUGAAGUGUCAGCAGCUCUGGUUCCCAAUAGUGCUGAUAAACCACUGUAUCAUGAAAUGAUGGUGGGUGGAUCAUGGAUGAUUCUUCAUUGCAGACCAAAAGAAAGCCUGAAUCAUUUCAAAGGCAUGAGCUUUACUAGCCGAAAAUGAUCUGUUGCAGUAGGAUUGUAAAUCAAGAAAGCACAGAUGCAGAAAGUCGGAAUGUAAUGCAAUCUUCGAAGCAAUUCAUUUCAAAUGAGCAUUCCAUCAUCAGUAGCAAAUUCCUAAGGAAAUUACAAUCACUACAAAGUUGCAACAUAGCUCAAGAAUUCAAUCUUCCUCGCCACUCUCAUCGCUAAAGUAACUGGCUUUCUUCACCUUCUUCUUCCCCGAACCCUUCCCUUCUUCAUCUGCCAACAACAAUCUCUCCUCCGCCCUCCCAUCCACCGCCGAAGCCCAAUUCUCCUCUUCAAACCCCUGACCAUCUCCCCAAUUCCCUCCUCCUACUUCCCCAUCCUCCGCCGCGUCCUCCUCGUCUCUCCUCUCAGAAGCACCACCGACGCCGCGACCGACGCCGCCUUCUCUCCGCCCCCGCUUCGGCGCCGGCGGCCUCUCCCUCGCGCCGAGCUGAUUCUUCGGGCACUCGUACGACAAGUGACCGCCUUCCCCGCACUCGUAGCACUUGCUCUUGUCCUGAUACACCCUCUUCUUAAUAAACUCCGUCGCCCGGCCGUUGUCGUUGGCAAUCGACGCCGAUAGGGUCCGGCCGUUGAGGAUCUUCUUGUCCAUCUGGCGCGCGGCCGAGGCGGCGUCGUCGCGGGAGACGAACUGGACGAAGGCGACGCCGCGGGACUGGCGGGUGGCGCGGUCCUUGAGGACGGUGACGCGGGCGAUCUUGCCGAAGGUGGAGAAGAGGGUGUGGAGGUCGGAGUUCGUGAGGGCGAAAUCGAGGUUGGAGAUGUAGACGGUCGACUUCGACGGGGCCAGUCCGCCCGAGCCGCGGGAUUUAGGGUUCCGAUUAGCGGCGGCUGCUGUUGAGGUGGAGGAGGUCGAUGACGGAGGAUCUGGUGCCGAGACGGAGGAGUAACGGUAGUAGAAGGUGUCGUCUUCAUCGCUGUCGCUUCCGCCGCGGCGACCCAUUGUUUGCUGCUUGAUCUCUCUAAUUCGGUGGCGGCUCUAUCUCGCCGGACAUUUUUGUGUUUCGGGUUAAUUGCUUUGCUGGUCAUUGCUUUU